GCUUGUUGUGAUCAUACCUUGUUAUUUGGAAAACCAUGGCUUUAGAAUUUAGAUUUUAGAUAUUCACAAUUUAGCCAUGGUACUUUAAGAUUAUAUCUUUGAUAAUCCGUAAUCGUGAUUCUGUAUUUCUGUGUUUACAGUUAAGUUGAGUAGUUUGUCUAUGCUUAAUAACACUGAUCACUAGAAUAGUGAAUACUGAAUACAUCAAAUUAUUAUACAAAAUAAUACAAUUAACAUUUUUCUUGUCUAGACAUUAAAUAUAUCUCAUUCAGUUUUCAAUUUAAAACGGUUCCGGGUUCGUGCAUGAUUGAAGACAUGACUGACUCAGCUGCGAAUUCUAGACAAAUUCGGUGAUUGAAUAAAUUUGAUGUUGAUUACACUAUUUCGUCCUGUCGACUUUUACUUCGAUUGAGAUUACAACUUUCAGUGACCAAAUUGUUGAAAAUGCUUUCCACAAACUUGUAUAACAACAUCGACUUAUCCAGAAAACGUGAACAACAAAUUGAUACGUUAAAAGUUUUUAAUGAAAAUGUUACAGAAAUUAGUUUUGAUAAAGAAUACUCUGUUGAAUUUCCUACAAAAGCUGGGAAUUUGAGUCUGGUCAUUGAAUUGGGAUCAAAAUUUCCUUUCGAGAAGCCCACUAUGAAAAUAUGUCCUCGAAUUACCCAUAAAUGGGUGGAAACUACUGGUGAAAUUGUUCUAGCUCCAGGAUUGAUGAAUUACACUAUUCACUCUGAUUUAGGAAGGGUAGUACAGGUCAUAAGAAGAGAGUUUGAAUUAGACCAAUCACUUACACUGGCAAAUGGUGGUAAUAAUAAUGGUUUUUCAGGGAAUAUCGUCAUUGGUUCUUCCAAAAAUGCAAUCACCUCUCUCAGUAAUGAUGUAGAAUUUUUUAGUCUCGCGAAAUUAACGUCAGCUGAAUUACUACGUUUAAAUAAUAAUGUUGAUUGCCUAGAUGAAUUUAUUUCAGAAUUACCAUCAAUUGAAGCAUCUAAUAAAAACAUUGAAAAUACCAUCACAAAAAUAAUGGACUUAGCAAAUUCAAACAUGUCUAAGGAAGAACCAAUAAAUAAUUUAAGAUUAGAAAUAUCAAAACAAUUAGAAACAAUAGAAACUUAUCAAAAAUCAUAUGCUGGACUCUCGACAAAGUAUGUUAAGUUAUCAGAGAAAUAUUCUCCACAAUCAAUUUCGGAUAAUUUAAAAAAAGCUGCGUUGAAAUGUGAUGAGGAAAGUGAACGAAUAGCAGAACAGUUUUUAAAUGGCGAUAUAGAUUGUGAUAAAUUUCUACAAGUGUAUGUGAAAUCAAGAACUGUGUCUUAUACAAGGAAGGCAAAAGAAGACAGACUGAACUAUCAGUUAAAGCAAUUGAAAGAGGCUGGGUUUUAAAUAUUGUUAAUUUUAUAAGUUUAUAACUGAAAAAUGUUAUCAAUUUUAUUAUAUUUGUGUGCAUUUGGUGCAAUAUCAAAUUUGGUUAACCCAAUUUUGUCAAUUCUUUAUUGUAUCUAUAUCAUUCCGUGUUAUGUUGAAGCCUUUAAAAAGCUUAAUACUCGUGAAAUGACUAUGUGAUUUAAUCUGUCUUUUAAAAGGCUUGUUCAAUUGAUUUUUCUAUUAAUAUAUUUUUAUUUAUACA